AUGAAGAACCCAAUGCUGGAGGCGCUGUCCCUACUGCUGGAGAAGCUGCUCGUCAUUUCCAACUUCAGGCUCUUCAAUUGGGCCGCCCCGGGCGAAGACGAGGCGGGGCACCGUUUCUAUGAGAUCAGCUCUUUCCUCCGCGGCGACGUGCUGGAGGUGCGCCGGGCCCACGUGACCCACUUUGGUAUCUACCUGGGCCACAACCGUGUCGCCCACAUGAUGCCUGACAUCCUGUUGGCCUUGACCAACGACAAGGGGCUCACUCAGAGGGUGGUCUCCAACAAGCGUCUGCUCCCGGGCGUCAUUUGCAGGGUGGCCAGCGUCCGCGUGGACACAGUGGAGGACUUCGCCUACGGAGCCGACAUCCUCGUCAAUCACCUGGACAAGGCCCUCAAGAAGAAGCCGCUGCUCAACGAAGAGGUGGCGCAGAGGGCAGAGAAGCUGCUGGGCUUGACUCCCUACAGCCUACUGUGGAACAACUGCGAACACUUCGUGACCUACUGCCGAUUCGACACCCCGAUCAGCUCCCAGGCCGACAGAUUUUGUGAGACUGUGAAGAUAAUUAUUCGUGAUCAGAGAAGUGUUCUUGCUUCAGCAGUGUUGGGAUUGGCAUCUAUAGUCUAUCUGGGCUUGGCGUCAUAUGCUACCCUUCCUGCAAUUUUUAUUCCAUUCUGCUUAUGGAUGGUUGGCUAACUUCAUACCCCCACGUCAAUGUGUGUAUUCUGUGUGUAAAUAUGUUUAUAGAGCACAAACCAGUGUAAGCAUCAUCAAGAAGAAUGUGACCUGUAAUGCUGUGUUCCGGAUAAAAAUGUGAUUAAGAAUCACGCAAAGUGCUUACUGUGUAAGCCCAAGAACAAAGGCUUUCUGAAUCUUCUUAGGCAAUUCCGUUUGAAAGCACUGUGAAAAUCUUGGAAACAUGGCAAGUUGUGAUAGAAUUUAUCAUUACAAGAAAACCAGCCCCUGAGAUGAUGGCCACAGGAGAUUAUUUGUGUUACUUUUUUCUCCUGUAAUCAUUGCUCUUCUCUGUUAGGCCUGAAUUUGAAAAUUGGAAGUCUUAUUGAAUGAGGUCACUAACUUUACUGUAAACUUAUCCUGUUUCAUUGAAAAAACUUAUAUUAAACUGAAAGAAUUUCCUUCAUUCAGAUGAAAACAUGUUUGAUGAUUGGCCCCCAAAAAUUCACAAUCUGUUUUUUUCAUGUAUUAUAUAUAAUUCCCAAUAAG